AUGGGACACGUCUUCAACUUUGACGCCGUGGAAAUUGUGGGCCGAGGUGAUGAUCAUACGGCAAGGCAGGUGCAAGAAGUCUGGAUGUCUACCGGCUGUUCUGUCAACCGCCUCAUCAAUUUGCCUCCCCCCUCUCUGACUUUACGAACCUUCUUGACGGGGCACAGUCACGGCGCAGGACAAUCGGAGCCGCCAACUAUCGUGCGGUCGACGAAAAUGAGCGGGAUUCAGGUCACGGUGACACGCGGGUCGGAUGCAGCCACACAGGUGGCAUUGGUGGGCCAGGCAUCAAACAAAGUGCGGCAUACAAGGAGAGCUGGGUGCAUGACUUCUCAGUCUCUGAAGAUGGAUAGAAGGAACGACUAUUCGAAACGUCAGGCCUCCAAUACACCUCUCCCAGUGAACGCCUCCUUUUCUUUUCAUAUGCCACCUGGGAAUCGCAUUUUCACUACUAUUGAUCUUGUCUUUGGUUCUGCGGAGUUUUCAAAAUCCACUGUGCGUCUCUGGAAGAAGUCCCUGCUUCAGAUGCGUGCUCAGGCGAUUGAGUAG